GGUAACAUACAAACGAAACCCAACUGAGGUUUAGUGGCCCAUUUUUGCGGUGUGUGUUUUUUCUUGUUUCUUUGAUGAGGGUGGAAGCUCCGUUGAAGGAAAACCCAGUGUGUCAUGAGUACCGGUAUGUGAAAACAGGAUGUGCAGGUAAGCGGCAAGCAGAAGUCGCAGCAACGUCUUACUGGUAAGUUCACGUGUAAAUCAUACAGCAACUCGAGUCCAUUCAGUCGCUUCGGCAGCAGCGAAUAAGAAGCCGUAUCAGAUAUUGUUGCCUGUCCUGGGAUUUGGAGAGUGCGUGUGUGUGUGUGUGUGUGUGUUUCGCCUUCCGACUUGUUGCGACAACACUUCUCACUUCCCUCAGUGUGCGGAAAGCAGCGAUGGCUUGGCUGUGCGCGUUCGCCAUAUUGCUCGCUGCGGCCAGCACGCUCGGCCACAAGGGGCCGCCAGACACCUACCAUGUCAGUGUGGGCCACCUCCUGCUGCUCAAGUGUCCCAACGUGGGCGAAACGGGCAACGUCACGUGGACCCGAAAGGAGGCGUCGGCGGGUCCGGUGCCGUCAUUACCCCCUGGCGUGGAAGUCAGGGACGGGUUUCUGUACUUCCUGCCCGCGCAGAUGUCCCAUAAUGGCUCCUACAGCUGCCAGAGAACGGUGCAAAACAAAACUUUCACGAUUGACUUUGGCGUGUUGGUGUCCCCUGGACAAUGUCCCCCCGUGGCCGAAGAAAGGAGCAUCCCUCUGGGGGUCACCCAGAGCCUCCCCUGCAAGCUGGACCACGUCCUACGACGUAACGAUACGACUAAUAUACGAUGGCUGAAGGACUGCCGCUUGGUAGAGCGAGAGGGCGCGGUUAUCAGCAGGCAGGACAGCGGCCUGAGGCUGAGUAGAGCCACGCAGGAGGACGCCGGCACUUACACUUGCCUUGUGGACAUCAGCCUUGACAGCAGAAUGUACACAUCGGCACGCAGUGUCCAACUCCACAUCGACAAAGCAUUGGCACAGACAGUUCUUAUCGAGCCAGAGGUGGUCCAGCAACAGGAUCAAGUACUCACCGUGGACAUGGGUGCGCGUGUGGAGUUGAAGUGCCUGGCCUUGGUGGGCUACAGCCAGAAUAAGGAGACGUCGAUGUUCUGGAUUGUGAACGGCAGCUUUGCAGACGAAGACCCGGAGCUCAAUGAGUCCUUCCACUUCACUUCAAACCAAGGCCACGUGUUUGGCGAGUCCACCCUGACCAUUUUGAGAGUUCUUCCUCGUUUCCUCAACGUGUCCAUUCACUGUCGGAUCCAGAGCCCUCUAGUGGUGAAAGACUGUCUUGUGGUGCAGCUUGUGGAAGCCAAUCACAGCUGGUUCUACACUGGUGUGGCAGUGGGCGUGGCCUCUUCACUGCUUCUUCUGAUCUUCCUGUUGGUCUUUUUCAAGGUGGAUGUAGUGUUGACGUACAGGAAGCUGCAUGGAUAUUUUGUCAGUCCACAAGAUGCCGACUGGCUCCCGUACGACGCCUUGGUGAGCGUGGUUCCCACUGCAGGCUCUGAGACGACGUCAUGCGUGGCUUCUGAUUUCGCCCUGCAGAUACUGCCAGGCCGGCUGGAGGAACGACAUGGCUACCGUCUCUUCAUCUCAGGCCGAGAUGACAGCCCGGGAGAAGCAACACACGAUGCCAUGGCGGCCACCAUGCGACAAUGCCGCCGGCUGAUCAUCAUAGUGGCGUCGGCGAAGGAGAUGGACAAGGAGUUGGAGGAGAAGAAAAAAGAGGAGGAGGAGGUGGAGAAGAAGGAGGCAAAGGAAUGGCAGCCCUUCAGACUCGAGGACCGACAGCUGAGCUACGAGCAGAAGCUCGGCCUGCAUGACGCUUUGAUGCACAACGCGCCCACAGUUAUCCUGCUGGAAAUAGACGGUCCGCCGGAUUACAGCCGCCUGCCGCAGUCUCUUGCCUACCUCAAGAGGAGGCAGGGAGCGCUCACGUGGAGAAAAAAUAGAGCGAACAGGUUCUUCUGGAAGAAGCUCAGGUUCCUCAUGCCCGCCGUGCCAGCCAGCAGACAAUCAAGACCACGUCAAAAUCACAUUUUGUGAACGAAAUGCAACGACCGCAUUCGGAAUCAUUCACUCAUUCCUGACUGCCUAAUUACUCCAUACAGAGCCACCCACCUUUGAAACUCACGAGUUAUUAAAAGCCUACUUUUAAAGACUUCAAACCUUACUUUCAAACCUGAACUCUUGUUUGAGCCCUACUUGGAAACCCCAAACCUUGUCUAAUAGUUUAAAAGUGCAUCUUUGACAAGUACGUAAAGUCUAAAAAAGAUGAAAAGGAUUUGGCUGUGCAUGCAUGCUGUCCCCGUAUGACCUCUACUCCGACUCACCCCGGAUUUGUGUGUGCAUUUGUGUAAGUGGAUGUGUGUGUGUGUGUGUGUGUGUGUGUGUGUGAGAGACGGUGGCACGCUCCCAUUGAAAGGGUGGGGGUGGGGUGUGUGCUCUGUAUAUUUAGCGCGGCAGCUGGGAUCUGCUCCUUGCUUUUGUUCCAGUUUGACCUUCGUGACCCGGCACUCGCUCUGCGUGAGGGUACACACACACACACACACACACACACACACACACACACACACACAUUUACAUAUAUGUGUGCAUAUUUGCUCACACACUCAGACGUGCGCACCAUCAGGGCCAGUGGGGAACAUCUAUCAGGACUUAAUUAGUGUGUGUGUGUGUGUGUCACUGCUCAAGCUUUUCUUUUUUUUAAAGUAAAAUAAAACAAAAGCGACUGACCCCUUGGAUUCUCAUUCAAGUCAAAGUUUACAAAAAAAUGUAUACAAGCGAUGAUCAGACUUUAAUCAUUCUUAUUUAUCCUUUUUAAAUGAUCAUUUGUACUUUAUUAACAACACAUUCAGGCCCACCGACGGUUAUGAACACAUUUGUUGUAUUUCAUUUUUGGUUCAUAUAAACUUGAAAUAAAAAUGACUUUUCACAAGAAA